AUGGCCGCUUCAAAUGUUGCGGAGCCCAGUGUUCAACCUCAAGAUGAGGUUGACCUGACCGAUGAGCAGAUCCAACAACUUCUGCUCGAGGCAGAGGGCCGACUGCGUGGCCCUGACACCCAAUCCACAGAGCUGGACAUUGCUUCCUUAAGGUAUGCUUCAAACACUCAACAACCAACCGACAUUCUGCUCCGACCAGUCAAUGCUAACAGGUCCAUUAGGAUUCCCAAAUUAUCUUCUGGGUCCUCGAUCAAGCCUUACGUUCAGCAGAACGACGAUGUUUCGACUGCCAAGACAGCGGAGCUCGUUGACAAACGGUACAAGGAACUGUCCAACAAAUUGCAUACUACUUCUGGCCAGAAGCCUGCUGUCCAGGAAAAAACCACUGCCGGCCCCGAAUGGUUCGACCUUCCCAAGACUGUCAUGACCACUGAGUUCAAGAGAGAUCUGCAACUUCUUCGAAUGCGAUCAGUCCUUGAUUCAAAGCGUCACUACAAGAAGGAGAACGGAAAGGCCAAGGCUCCCGAGUUCUCGCAAGUCGGUACCAUCAUCCAGGGCCCGACGGAGUUCUUCAGUGGUCGUAUUGCCAAGAAGGAUCGCAAGAAGACCUUUGUUGAGGAGACCAUGUCCACUGAGCGCCAGAACAGGAAAUUCGAGUCCAAGUAUCGCGAUAUUCAGGCUACAAAGACCAGCGGCAAGAAGGCUUACUAUAACAACCUUAAGGCGCAGAGAAAGCGAACUAAGAAGUGA